AUGUCUCUCCAAUCUGAGCUCCAAAAGAGACGGGUGGUAUCCGUGUUUCUGUUCUCACACUGCCGUGUUGCUUUAUUUCAACGCAGCGAGCAAGUCAGAACAUAUGCAAACCACCUCGCUCCUAUAUCUGGCAGCCUUGACCCGGGCGAAUCGCCCAUGGCAGCAGCAUGGCGUGAGUUGGAAGAAGAAACAACAUUGACUUCUCUGGAUGUGGAGAUAUCUCGACAAGGAGUGUCAUUUGUGUUCACGGAUGAAUCAGUCAAUCGGGAAUGGAUAGUUUAUCCAUUCGCGUUCCUUUUGAAGUCCCGAAACGAAGGUGGCCACGGAGAGGAUGCCAUUCAUCUGGACUGGGAACACCGGGCCUGGGGUUGGUACAAUCCAGAAGAAAUUGAAGAUACUGACCGGUUUGGUGGUGUGCCCCGACUGAAGGACAGCUUACGGCGAGUCUGGUUUGAAGGCGACAUGAAUCAAGAAGCUAGCAAAGCCCUGACAGCAGGCCUAGAGCAAUUGAAGUCAGAUCACAAGAGCGGGUCACACGAACUAACCACCAUCGCUGUCAAGGCAUACCGAGAUGUUAUAUCUCACAUGCCAGGAGACAUUGACGUAGAAUGGUGGAAGACUGCUCGAAUCGCAGCAUGGCAUCUUUCGAAAAGUGGACGAGAAAGCAUGGGAACAGCCACAUUAAACGCAUUUCUCGCUUUGAUGCCCGACAUGGAAGACAUAGUCUAUCAAAACUUGGCCCGCGAGGUCAAAUGGGAGCGCUUGCUGAGUAUACUCGGCCACCAUCUGAACAAGCGUAAAGAUAUGCCGGCGCGGAUCAGGAGCACUUUCGCAGAGUAUCUUCAGUAUUCUCUGUCUAGUAGAAUUGACUCUGGCGCAAAGAAAGAUUCUCUAGUCAUCCUUACAUUGUCAGCCAGCUCGACCAUUCGCGACAGUAUUCUUGACACCUUUGCCUCUCUUCCCAUUCCUCGGCUGGACGUGCGAAUUUUGGAGUCUCGUCCACUUUGCGAAGGAGUUAGCAUGGCUUCGUCCAUUUUCUCCGACUUUCGAAUCAAGUUUCCCCCAUCUUCCGGCCGGGAUCUGAAAUUGGCGGUUUAUACUGAUGCAUCAGUUGCUAUGGCCAGCCAGGGGGUGGACUUUCUUUUGCUGGGCGCUGACCGGAUUUCAGCGGAAGGCUCUGUCUGCAACAAAAUCGGAUCCUAUCCUGCCAUUUUGACCGUCAAACAGGUCUCCUCUGCCUCGGUGUUGGUUCUCAGUGAGCUGGAAAAGGUGGACGCGCCAGAGACUGGAGGAUUGCAUGACCACGAGGAUAACGGGCCCAGGGAGGUGAUGGGCUGUUGGAAAGACGGCGGUCUGAGGGAAGCCCAAACGAUCGAUGACGCCCUUCAGACUAGUCACCAUGACAAUGUCAAUUAUGCGGUUGAAGUGAAGAAUAUCUACUUCGAAUGGCUUCCGCCUUGCUGCACCGAUGCUUUUAUCUGUGAACGGGGGACGCUAGAUAUUGCAGAGAUUAAGGAGAAGGCACUUCAGGUGAAACUGGGAACAGACAAGUAUUUUCACUCGCUGUUUUAA